GGAGACUCUAGGGAGCACGGUUGCGUCUCGCAAUCGCUCUUCCUUUUAAAGAAAGAAAAUCGGAAAAAAAGAACAAUUCGAUAAAUCGUAUUAAUUUUUGUGCUUGUGUGUUGUUCUAGUCAAUACUUUUAAGUGGAAAACAAUGCCUGUCCCAUUAGGCCCUUCUAGUCACCGCACCCCCUCCCCCCACACAACCACACUCCCCCCUGGGCCUCUAACCCCCCCUCCAGAAGAUGGCUGGACAUGGCCGUUGCCCGAGAAUACCCACAGAAAUGUCCACGGUAACAAUAUCUAUGGGAUAUCCUCCAGUAAUAACCGAGGGAAUGUAUACGGUGAUACCCACAACAGUACCCACCGCAGCAACAUCACAAACGAGAGGCCUACCCACGCCCACAAUACUCAUAAUUCCCACAAUGAUGUCCUCUUUGAUGAGACAGAUCCAACUGUUCAGGCUGGAUACAGGCACUGUCUUAGAGAAGCAGUAAGGUUUCUGGUCCAUGUUGAGCACCUCUCAUGGGAUGACCCUAUAGUGAGAGGUCUGCUUGAACACCUAGCUCUCCCUCGUGCUCAUGACGAAUUGCAAAGGAUCGUGGAGACACUGAAUACUGACAAGGAGGAAGAGGACGAGAAGGAGGAAGGAGAGGAGGAGUUGGAUGAGAAGGAAGAAGAGGGAACAGAGGAAAAGGAUCGAGAAGAGAGUGAAUGCUAUUCAUCGUCUUCCUCUUUGCCCGUUUCUUCUUUGUCUUCUGACCUUCCAUCUUCCUUGAGGAAUGUAGGCUAUGAAAUUACUCUUACGGAAGACAGCGAUGAGGAGGAGGACAUUGAGAGAGAAGAGGAAGAAGCAGAAGACAAAGAAGAGGAAGGAAGGAUGUUGGAUAUGGAAGAAAUAGAAAGAGAGUUAACAGCAAUGCAAAGAAGAGAAGAGAUAAAGGCAGAAGAAAGAAGGCAGAGAGAUGAGAGAGAGAGAAGAGAAAAGCGACAAAGAGAAGAAGAAGAAGAAGAGAGAGAGAGAAGAGAAAAGCGAAGGAGAGAAGAGCAAGACGACCAAAUAUCAGGAGAAAACCAAAGACAGAUUCAUACAGAUAUAGUAGAAGCAGAAACAGAGAGCCAGAAGAGAACGGAAGAAGAAAGAGAUAUCCAAAUAGAAAUUGAGAACCAAAGAGAAUCAGAUAAAGAAAGGGAGAAGCAAAGAGCAGAGCCAAUGACGAUGAGAAAUGAAGAAAUGCGAAAACAGCUUUUACGUUAUGUCUACCAAGGCUGCGACCUCAUAGUUACCCCCGCCCCCCUUCCAUCCCCAGCGAUGUUUUUAGCUAGGCAUCAUAUGUAAAUCUUUUUCAUGCAUUUCUAAAAUUCUCAUUAUUGAAAUGUCAGAUAUCUCUUUACCUUCCAUUUUCUCUUCCUUUUCCCUUCUCUUUGUCUGCAAUUCUUUUUCAUCCUUUUCCUUUUUUGUUUUUAACUUUUUUUUCUCUCUCUUUCUCUUUUUUUCUUUUCCUUCUUCUUUCUUCUCCUUUUUAUUUCUUCUGCUCAAAAUUAAGUCUCAAAUUGAAGAAAAUGAUCUCAUUGAUAUAAUUGAUAUUUGUAAUAGCAUUUUAUUUAUUUAUUUUGUCUAGUUAAUACCGUUAAUUUAUUCAUUAUUAUCAUGAAUAUUAUAUCUGCAUACUUAGGUAAUGUAAUCUUUAUUAUUUUUAAAAGAAGCCAAAAACAGAUACAGAUAACGAAAAGAAAAUGAAUGGAUAGUAUAAUUUUUGUAAAUUACAUUAUUGGAGGAUUUCAUUUU